UUUACAACGGCAUGGAAUGCGAUAUAGCCAAUCACAAUCAAGGAUGGGAACAACCAGUUUUAGAAAACAAUUUAAACUGUCGACACACAUCGACAGAGUACUUAGUUAUUUCGAUUUGUCUAAAUUGUUUCAGUAGGCUACUUGUGCAUUUGACAGUUGUGUUUCAAAAAUAGCCAACCUACCGUGAUUAAUACUGUAGACCUUUUUCAUAGUCAUCUCUCAUUUCAUAGUCACAAUCAUUUCUAAAAAUAAAAUGAUUGUUCAAGACACUCGCUGUAUUUCCCUGCUAACCCUAACCCUUCUCACUCCUCCUUAUGUUUGUGUGUGCUUGUGUAUGUAUGUUUUCAAACGUCUGUAUAUUUACGUGGCGCGUGUGUGUGUGUGUCUGUGUUUGUGUGUGUGCGUGUCUAGCCUGCUUGUCUCGCUACCGUCCAGUUGCCCCCCUGUUGGCCAGAGCUGGGGCUGAAGCUUCCUUCCCUGCUGUUAUCAGACAGGAAGCUGCUGUCAUCAGACAGGAAGCUGCUGUUCUCAGAAGUUCACAAACCCCUCCAGGUAGGAACAAACAUAGAUAUAUGAGGGAACACAUACCUGGAGAGACUCAACACAUUUGACACUUUGUUCAUGUCUGACACAUUGAUCAAAAGCAACAUACAAAUAGUUUUGCAUUUAAUAAGAACAGUAGAUAAUAAAGGUUCAGAAGUGCAUAAGUCUGACAGUAUUUCAGUGAGUGGAGCCAAGGAGUCUAUAUUUUAUCAGUUAAUAUCAGCAUCAUCUCAAAUACUAUAUGCUAAUGUGGAAGUGCAAUAAUAAUAACAAUAUAAUCAUGUCAGAACUUGGUGCCAAAGCUUCCUCGAUGCCCAGAGCCCAGCCGCAAGAGCAAGGCUGCCAGGAAGGCUGCAGGAGCUGAGAAGGAUACAGGGGCCAACAAGGGGCCCCUGCCAGAGUCUUGGAGGGUUGUGGAAGAAGCUGGAGCUGCUUAUCGUUCAGCCCUGGCUGACGAGCUGGCAGGACUAGGCAUGGUGGUGAGUAGAAGGCCCCAAUCCACCUCCCUGGGUACUCCAAACUCCAGCCAGGCUCCUCCCCUCCUCUCCAUCUUCCUCCACCUCUCCUAUAUCUCUGAUACUGGCUCUGUUACUGUGCCUUGCUAAGUCUGUUUCUUGCCUUAAGGUGACUGGUGGUGCGAAGAUGCUUCCCAUCCCCCAGACCAGCUACUGUGAGUCUUUGUUCAUUCAUGUAUCAACAUUUAAAUGAUCACCUUCUGUCAAGAGAAGGGAUCCACCAAUCACAUUGUGACUCUGCUCUUCCUCUAGGUGUUCUUCCAGCAAUCAAAAGUUCCUCUCGCCCAGUGGAACCAAUCAGAGCAUCGGCCUCUGAAACACUCGGGCCCCUGGGCUGCAGAGCCACACCAGAUGGAAGGGAGAGUGCGUACUCCUCUCCACCUCCGUCUCCACCUCCGUCUCCACCUCCGUCUCUACCUCUGUCCCCAUGCCGACCUGAGGCGCAGUCUCCAGGUUCUUCUCCACCUUCGACUUUGAAUGACCCCGUGACCCGGGAGACCACGCCCAGUCUUCUGUCAUUGGAGGAGACCGGGGACGAGCUUUCUGUGUUGGAGGCCAUGAUGUCACAUCCUCAUUGGAAAAUCAUCAACAGGGUCCUGUUGAGAAAGAACAAGAGCGUAGCUGAGCUGCAGGAGCGCUCGAAGGAGGUCAUGGAGUGGGUUCUCAAGGUGACCAACGAGGUGGUCCUGCCCGCCAUGGCCCUUUACCAGGUCCUCCACAUCCGCAAAGACCAAGAUGGCCGCCCGCUGUCCGCCGCCAUCUCCUACAGCAGCUGUGACUCCCACAGUGACAGGUCCUCUUCCGCAGGGCUACUGUCCCCAGCCAGCCCUGUCACUGGCUCUCUGACUGGGAUGGUAUGUUUCAACCCUGCUGAUUCUCCCCAGGACCAGGCCUCUUUUCUGGGCUCUGCCCACCCCUACGUCCCCCAGGGUGUUCUGAGAAUGAUCUCAGAGAGGUUCCACCCUCUGCUGAUAGGAGGGCAGGGAUCCAGGCCCCAGAGCAGGCUGCUGGGUGGCAGGCCUCCGAUGUUGGACUCUGAUAGGCCCACGGAGGAGGACAUCCUCGCCACGGCAUCCCUCACCGUGGCAGAGAUCCUGUUGAAGGUGCAGGCGGUGAUGGAUAAACAAGAGCACGAUGCAGAGGACAAGCUGUCAGCCUGUGUGGAGGAGCUCUACGAGUCUGUCAUGGGAGAGGUACUGGAGAAGUUUGCACUCCACCACCCCGGCUGCUUGCUGUCGGACUGCCAUGUGACCAGCAUCUCCCAGGACCUGAUAAACAACGCCUGGCAGGAUGCCAAGGAGAAGAUUCAGGUCCUCGCCAACAGUCACACCAACGCCAUCAAUGAGCUGGUGUCCCCGUGGCCCCCGUCAUCUGCCGACACAAGGGAGAGGAUGGAGAUGGCCUCCUUCCUCACUGGCAGCGUGGCGGAGGCAAAAGAGAUGGAGAAGGCGAUGGCUCCGCCCAGCCGCGUGACAUCACCGACCCUCUGCUCCCUGAAGGAGAGCCUCUCUGGAAUCCUGGCCCGCCACGCCCUGUUCCAGAGCCCGGGCGUGGUCCCCACGGAGGAGAAGCUGGAGCUGGUGAGGAUGGUGGGGGGUUUCCUCCAGGAGAUGGAGCCCACAGAAGGAGGCUCUUCCCUGGACCAGCCCCAAAAGGCCUACGAGGCCUCCCUGGUCCAUAGUGUGGCCACGGCCUGCAACGUAAUCCACAACGUCCUGAAGAACUUCCACGCAGCCCAGCAGCUGAUUGGGCAAGUGGAGGUGGCUGACUUCCUGCAGCCUGGAAGUAAGACCUUCACCAUGGUGGUGGAGUGUGUUAGCCAGAGCCUGCUAGGAGACGUUGCCGUGGAGCUGGAUGCCCUGAGGAGGAGGAGGAGCCUGGAAGCCAGCAGCAACAGUGGGAGGAGCAGCAGGAAUCAGGAAUGCCUCCCUCUUGACACCCGGCAGGAGCGAUCAGUGGAGUGCAGCUCUGCUAGCAAGGAGGAGCAGGAGGAGGAGGAUCCUCAGAAGAAGGAGGAGACCGCCCCUCCCUCCUCCAGGAGCACUAGCGCCUGGAGCGAGGCUAGCAGUGCUGCCAGCUGCCAAGACCUCAGCCUCACCGCUGAAAACAUGCUGGACAUCAUCAUGCGGAUGGCCCACUUGGCCUCCAGAUCCUCCCCUGACGACGACGACGACAAACGCGAUGGAGGCUCCUCCGUCAAAUCGUUUGACCAGGAGGAGUACGACCUGGGCCGCCUGCUGGCAUCCCACAGCAUGUGCACCAGGAUGUUCCAGGGGAGGAUCCAACACUUCUCCGAGCAGUUGAUUAACUGCAUUUAUCAGCUUCUCCUGGACACCCGGAUGGGACGACUCCCCUCGACACCCCAUUGCCGCUUCGAGCCCAACUUCCAGAACCUGGAGGACAAGGAACGUCUGGACCAGGAGCUGUUCACCCCUCUGCUGUACAAUUUUUUCCAGACGGCCUUCAAGAGCCUGAUGGGGAACCUUCUGGGUGAAGAAGACCUCACGGACGACCACCGGGCAUCCUGCAGCGAUGCGUCCUCGGACGGCAGUGACAGAAGCAGUGACAGCAGCAGUGACAGCAGCAGUGACAGCAGUGACUGUCCCUCCCUGGACUGGUCCCGAGGGAUGACGCCGGGCCCCAGGCAUGGGGUUGAGGGUAGUAGGAGAUCACAGAGCAGGUUGAAGCCCUCCUGCAGCCAGGAUCAGAGGCGCGCGCUGGAGGCCAUUUGUGAGGUAUUGACUACUCAGGCGGGAAGUGACCUCUACAAGACACGCAACGACCCACAAGAAAACAUGGUUGUUGUCCGCAAAGGCCUUGAUGCUGAAGCCAUGGCCAGGGUCUGUAACCUAGCCAGCUCCUCCUCUGAAGACCAGGAAGUGACAACCGGAAGUCUCGAUCCAGAGUCAGGUCUCACCAGCCAGCAAGUAGGACAGCCUGAGAUGGAUGAAAACGAAAACGCUGACUACCCUGAUGAUUUCCACGAAGAGGAAGAAGGGUCAGAUUGCCAGACAAUUGCCACGGGUGCAUUGAUCGAGGAAGAAGAGAAGGAUGAAGAUAUUGGAGCUGCAGGCGUCCCUGAGGAGAUCCAGGAUCAUCCCUCUCUACCCGUGAGCCCCUCUGAGACCCCCUCCCUCCAGCCCGGGGAGGUUCUGAUCCAAGAGAAGGUCCUGAUGCCCCCCCGGCCCAGCGCCCUGCACCACCAGACCCUGCAUGACCUGCUGCACAGGCUGGUGGGACGCCUGGCCCUCCAGGGGCCCCUUCGUUCCUGCUUCACCCCCACCAACUCGGAGAUAGAGUCUGUCCUCUUCCAAGACGUUAGUUGGUUUCUCUGGAACCAGGCCGGGAUCGGCCUCGUCCUGGAGCACGAACACCAGAACCCACUCUUCGGUGGCGCCGACGCCCUAGACGCCAUGUUUGAUGCGACCUACGCUGAGCUGAUGCUCUGUUCCGAUAGCAACAGGGCCCACGUCCACUCCGCCCUCCAGGGAGGGCCAGGCAUCGUCUGCAUGGCCGAGAACGUCGCCACGGUGAUCUGCCGUCACGCCGAGUUUUGGCGCCCCUCUGCCGUGUCGGGAGAGCGCAGAGGACUCUGCUGGCUUGGAAAAGGCCGGUGGAAGUUCCAGCCCCUUCACAUGCAACAGAAGCUUGGAUGA